CCUUUCCAUCACACCAUAACCAAAACAACCUCAUACAGAAACUGAAGCUCAGCAAGCAGUUGAAAUUCUCCAACUGAUAUCGAAGAUGAAGAACGUUGCCAUAGCCGUGUUUGUAGCUCUAGCCAUGGUUGCUUUCAUGGUUGAACCGGGACAAGCCAUUCCUUGCCCUCAGGUGGAAUCCUACCUCUCUCCUUGCGUUCCAUACCUCACUAAUGGUGGAACACCAACACAAGCAUGUUGCACCGGUGUUUCCAACAUCCAAAAGAACACUCCAACUGUGGCUGACAGGCAAGGAGCUUGCCAAUGUAUCAAAGACGCUGCUUCUCGUCUACCUAAGAUUGAUGAAGCUGCGGCCACCAAUCUCCCAACUGCUUGUAAUGUCAAAAUCGGUGUUCCCAUCUCCAAGAGCAUCAAUUGCAAAGAUGUGAAAUGAAAGAUGAGCAAUUAAUGGAGCAAAGGAAUAAAGGGAGGAGAAGAGGGUGUGUUGCUAUAUGAUCUCCUCGGCGGCUAUGUCUACCUUGAGAGUCAAUUAGUGUAUUGGUUCUCCUGUGAGAGAACCAUCAUAUAUUCUGAGUCUCGGUUCACCCUGUAUUCUCUGCUAUCAUUUUGUCUUUAAUAAAAUAAGAGCUUCGUAUA